AUGGUGAAGCCAAUUUCUUCGGUCACUGCAAGCAUUAUGCAGGAUGACAUGGUUGGCAUUCUCGAGACUAACAAUGUCAAGGAUAUGAAGCCCCUAAAUGAUAGAGUUCUGACUAAGGUGGUGGGAGCGGAGGAGAAGACUGCGGGAGGCUUCUUGUUGACAGAAGCGACCAAGGAGAAACCUUUGGUCGGCACCAUAUACCAAGUAAUUGCAGUCGGGCCAGGCCCCCUCAAUGAGGAAGGGAAGAGGAAGGCGUUGUCAAUCUGUCCAGGGAACACUGUGAUGUAUUCUAAGUAUGAUGGAAAUGAGUACAAGGGAACUGAUGGUUCUAACUACAUCGCACUUAGAGCUUUUGAUGUAAUGGCAAUGCUCUUGUAG